AUGUCAAACAAGCUGUUUGGGGCCCUUCCGUUGGAAGUCGUAAAUAAAAUUAUCCAUUAUGCUGGAGUUGAAAACUUGGUGUCGUUCUUGGUGCCAGAAAACAAAACCAUAAUUGACAACUUGCCACUCUUAAAACAAGCAAUUGAUAAUGCCAUCUGCGAGAAUAAAGCAUUGGGCUACAACAAUAGAGUAACCCGUCCAUCCUACCUCCAUAAUUAUCUUCACUUACCUCGCAAUUCAUUAAGAGAGGUGGAUUUGUCCACAAAUGAUAAAAAUGAACCUCUUCGAAUAGAAGUGUUGGAUUUAACCAAUAAAAAUAAGUUGAGGGAAGAAAAUACUAAGCUUCCUCCAAACUUGAAGAUUUUCGAAGGCCCUUGGGAACAGGAUACUGGAAGGAAUAUUGACUAG